UAAAACUUUAUUCUCUUCUGACAUUGUACGAAUGCUGUAAGAACGCGUAGUUGUUCUCCAAACAAAAACUGCAGAUUCUUUAUCCUGACGUCGAGGAUUCCGUUACUUGAAGUGGCGCUCUGAAGCGCGCGGACUCGAGGCACGCGUCGCCACACACGUGACGCACCUGACGACAACGGUCACAUCAACAGAGGAUCAUCACUCCAGCAUGCAGAGCUGCUGCUAUCCUCAUGCGCCUUAUCUCACGCAGGAGCGUGCAGCGCUAUCAGCCAACCAAUCAUCGGCUGCAGAUCUGCUGGACUUUGACUCAGAUGAGUGUCAGUCCACUGAUAGACAUUUAAGGACAUAUGAAGACCACACAGAGCUGAAUAGACAGCUUCAUGCCACACUCAGGAGAAAGCAAGAGGAAAUAUCUGCCCUAAAGGAGACAAAUGCCCAGCUGAGAAAUCUGGCUAAACAGACUGAAAACUAUGCCACAAUAAUAGAUGCCCUGACAUCAUUCCAGAGAGACUCAGUAUCACACUGCACUCCUGUGAGGCCAACAGAGGAUCAUUCUUCUGAACACUCCUGGAUCUCUCUGCUGACAGAAGAAGAGCCAUCAGAUCCAUCAUCCUCAGCUUUCACUAACUCCAGCACCACUGACAAACAAAGCCCAGCAUCAGGGGUCAAGAGGCAGCUGUGGUCCAGCUGGAAUGACCUUCUCUGCGAAGAUGUUGAAGACAACAUCUUGAACUGUCCGUCCAGUUCCAAGCAGCCCAGGCUUGAAAAUGAACUUGUACAAGUAGACUUGGAACAUCUGAAGGCCCAGCUGGACCAGGAUGAACAGGCUCCACCGCAAAUAAGAGAAGAUUCACGCCUGACCCAGAAUCAAAUCCUUGAGAUGUCCUCCAGAGGCUUGAUCGCUCAAAAGGUGAACAUAUUUGGGCCCUUCCAUGGGCUUCGAGUGGUAACACAAACCCCAUCUGUCAUAUCUGAUCUUAACAUGAGUGGAGAUGAUGGAAAACUGUGCUUUACGACUGCAAUCAGGGACCACAGUACAGUAAAGACCAAGGUUUACCCAAGUGGAAAAGCUUUCACUUCUCACACACCAAAUGGAUCUUGUAGGUUCCUUUGGGUUCCUAAUGAGCAUUGAAGGUCUUUGACUCAAAUUAUUAAAAAAAGCUACAUUUGUGAGAAAAAACAACUUAGUUCAGUUUAGACCAACAAAGGUCUUUAUUUUAGUAAGGCUGCUUUUGAAUUCCCACCAUUGGUCAACCUUUCAAAACUAAAGGUUCUUUGUUGGAAUCAAUGAUUCCAUGAAGAACCUUGAACAUCCAUGGAACAUUUCAAUGCACAAAAGGUUCUUCAUAGUGGAAAAAGGUUCUUUAGAUUUAGAAAGUUCCAAUUGGAUAUUUAAAUAACUUUCCGCUGCAAGGUUUCACAUGUGACCU